CUGCAAUACUGAAUAUACAUUUUACAUGCUUAAAAGAACGAACAAGAAAGUUAGUAGCAAGCACCUAACCAUCCCUUCCGAAUUCCGAUAGCUUGGACACGUUGAAUGACGAUAGGAAGCAACACUGAUUUUCUGGGCGAGAUUGAGCGCACGCCCAAAACUUCAACAAAUGUGACUUCAUCAACUUGCAAACAAUGCUCUGUCUGCACUAGUGCAUAGAUUGGUUACAGUUGAACGUUACUGCUCAGAGCAAAUGGCUCUUGGCUCUUUCUCUCUCCCACUGUUUCCUUCACGCAGACCAAUUUCCACCCUCAGAUCCCCAUUGCUCUCCCCCCCGCUGCGCUUCAGGCUGCCACUCACUACUGCUAUCGGCCCUGACGGCAAGUUCUACCCAACCCCAUCAGACGACGACCCGCCAGAAGCUCCCGAGGAUUCCAUGCACGGAGUCAGUAAGUUCCAGCAGAUCCACCGCCAAGCUGCCCGAGCUAGAAAGCAGCAGGAGGAGCGGGCUAAGAACGAGCAGUCCAUUUUUCUCAACGCCAUCGCUGACGUUGAGGACUCGCCCGACGACCCUCUUUUGGACGACGGCCAAGACGAUUUCUUCGGUGAAAUUGACAAAGCCAUUGCUUUGAAAAGAAAGGAGUUUGUGAAGCAAGGUCUCUUGAAGCCCAAUCCAAAGAAGGCCACCCCUCCAGAAUUAGAAGUCAUCGACGAGCUGGAUCCAGAGGAGGUGAUCGAUAUGGAUGAAAUCAGAGAGCUUACUGGGCUGACUGAGAUAUCAGCAGGCGGUGCUGAGAGUCAAGAGCAGAGCACCCAAAACAAGGUGAAAGGCGAAUUUUCUGAUUUAUCAUCAUUUCACAUUGAUUUUGACAAUUUCAGUAAAACUAGGCCAAGAAUCGUAGAACCCACUUUUAGGAUGAGUUUGGCUGAACUUUUAGAUGAGAGCAAAAUAGUGCCCAUUUCAGUGUAUGGGGAUAUAGAUGUGGAAAUCACUGGGGUCCAGCACGACUCUAGGUUGGUUGAGAGCGGGGAUUUGUAUGUGUGUUGUACAGGGAGGACGGAGAAGGCUGAUGAUGAUAUGCACGUAUACUUAUCUGAGGCUAGCAAGAGAGGAGCUUCUGCUAUAGUAGCUAGUAAAGAAGUUGUUGAUGUUGGGCAUAACAAAGCGUUGGUCAUUGUAGAUGACACUGAUGCGGCUCUUCCCAUCUUGUCGGCUAUCUUUUAUAGGCACCCGUCUAAGAAUAUGUCUGUGAUUGGCAUCACAGGAAGUAAUGGCAAGACUGCUACCUCAUACUUGAUUAAGUCAUUGUAUGAAGCUAUGGGGUUAAGGACUGGGAUGCUGAGCUCAGUGGCUUACUAUAUUCACGGAGAUAAUAAGAUGGAGGAUAUAGAGCCCCCAAUUGCAACCUCUGAUUCUCAUUUGGUUCAGAAGUUGAUGGCUAAGAUGUUGCAUAAUGGAACAGAGACUUUAGUGAUGGAUGCUUCUGGUAGUUGUGAUGAACUGGUCGAUUUUGAUAUUGCUGUUUUUACAAAUCUUACUCAGGACCAUUUGGAUGAUUUCCACAACGAAGAUGAUGAUGAUGAGGAGUUGAAGCAUAGGAGGAAUGCUAUUGCUGAAUUGUUUACAAGGAUGGUUGACCCUGAGAGACACCGCAAAGUGGUGAAUAUCGAUGAUCCAAAUGCGGCAUUUUUCAUAUCACAAGGAAAUCUUAGUGUGCCGGUCGUGACCUUUGCAGUGGAGAACAAAAAGGCUGAUGUACACCCCUUGAAAUUUGAGUUGUCUCUAUUUGAGACAACAGUAUUGGUGAACACACCUAAGGGCAUAUUGGAGAUUUCUUCCGGAUUGCUCGGGCGGCGAAGUGUCUAUAGCAUACUUGCAGCUGUGGCGGUUGGUGUUGCCGUCGGGGCACCUUUAGAGGACAUUGUUAAAGGUGUCGAAGAGGUCGAUGUGGUUCCUGGUAGGUGUGAAUUGAUUGACGAGGAACAAGCUUAUGGAGUUAUUGUGGAUCAUGCUCAUACUCCUCGUUCGUUAUCUACACUUCUUGAUUAUGUUAGAGAGCUAAGUCCACGGAGGAUUAUCACUGUAUUUGGCUGUGCUGGUGAGAGUGAUAGGGGGAAGAGGCCCAUGAUGACAAAAAUAGCUACUGAUAAGAGUGAUAUAACAAUUUUGACAUCUGACAAUCCAAAGAAUGAAGAUCCGCUGGACAUCUUGGAUGACAUGUUGGCUGGUGUAGGGUGGAGUAUGCAGGAUUAUUUGAAAUAUGGAGAGAAUGAUUAUUACCCACCACUCCCUAAUGGCCAUAGACUCUUCCUUCAUGAUAUCAGAAGUGUAGCUGUACGCUGUGCAGUUGCAAUGGGUGAGGAUGGUGACAUGGUUGUAGUUGCUGGUAAAGGCCAUGAGACGUACCAAGUAGAAGGUGAUAAGAAAGAGUUCUUUGACGACAGGGAAGAAUGUAGAGAAGCCCUGCAGUAUGUUGCUGAGCUUCAUCAAGCUGGGAUUGACACUAGUGAAUUCCCAUGGCGGCUGCCAGAGAGCCAUUGAUAUGAGGCAGGAAAGUUGCUGGAUCUCGACGACGAGCAGGGAGAGAGAGAGAGCUUGGUAAUGAAACUGGAGCCAUGAGCAAUCGUGUAAUGGACGGUUUUGAAAAUCAAGGAGGAAAAGGCGAUUUCCUUGAGGAAGUGUGGUUUAUGAUGUGCUUGAAAAUUUAACAACUCAUUGUGCAUGGUUUCAAGAAAGUUUCAGGUGAUUUUUCUAUAGCUUGUUAUUUGCAGCAAAUGUUUCGUUAAAAGUCUAUGUUUUUUGUUGCAGAUUUAACAAUGUUGCUGUACAACUGCCCAAAUCAAAGAAAUGGAAGUACUAAUAGAAUAAAUAUGUGAUUUGUGGGUGAUACUCCGUGCGUCCUUUGUAAACGCCAACAAGAUUUCCAUUGUUGACGAAUAAAGAAGCUAAUAUCGCUAUCACACAAAUGAUAUUGUUUAGGGGUCCUAAACUUAUGUUGACAUGAAAUGUAUGUUCUCUUCCCCAAGUACUGACGAGAUACGGGAUAGAGAAUGCGGGAGAAGCACGUAAAUAUUCAAAAACAUAAAGAUACAAUUCAUAUUUUUAUAUACGUUUCCGUGCGUGUAUACAUUUUUCCACACACACACACGUGCA